UUUGAAGCACAUAAUGGAGAAUUGCAUUAUUGGAAUAAAAUGAAGUCCCAAAUGCAUGGUGUAAAUUUGUUGAUUAUAUCCAUGAAUUUUCUCUUCCCAAGGUGGUCUGUGAUGAGAACGGUUCAAAGGGCUAUGGCUUUGUGCACUUUGAGACCCAUGAGGUGGCUGAAAGGGCCAUUGAGAAAAUGAAUGGCAUGUUGCUCAAUGACAGGAAGGUGUUUGUCGGCCAUUUCAAAUCUCACGAGGAGCAUGAGGCAGAGUUUGGAGAGGGGGAUAAGGAGUUCACUAACGUGUACAUCAGAAACUUUGGGGAGGACAUGGAUGAUGAGAAGCUGCUGGAGAUAUUUGGAAAAUUUGGACCUGUUCUAAGCAUCAGAGUCAUGACUGAUGAAAGUGGGAAGUCCACGGGCUUCGGUUAUGUCAGCUAUGAACGGCAUGAAGAUGCCCAGAAGGCUGUUGAUGAGAUGAAUGGGAAGGAGAUGAAUGGCAAGCAGGUUUUUGUGGGGCGUGCCCAGAAGAAAUCAGAGUGCCAGAUGGAACUGAAGCGCAAGUGCAAGGAACAGAAACAAAUGAUGGGGGAGCGCCUCUUCCCACUUAUCCAGAGCAUGCACCCCA